CGUGACAAUGCUAGGGCACAAAAUCUAACCGUAGCUUGCAAUGGAAGGGAUCUUGUCGCGAAUCGAGCGUGCCCUGGCGAAUUUGUCGGCGUCAUGUGACGAGCAAGGGAUGACUGUCUCCCCCGGCGGCUCUUCUUUGAUCCAGAGCCUCGAAAUCUUUCGUCAGUUUCACAGGGAACCUGACAACAACAAGCAGCAGGUGCUGCUGGACAAGCUCCACAAACAGCUGAUGCCCCUGAGGGAGCUCCCACAAUGCACCAGUGAACAGGAGGCGCUCCAGGCCCUGAGUGAUGGUGUCUGCUGUCUGUACUUCCAACAUGUGGGACAAAACAGGAAUGUUGCAAAAAGAGCUGUCAAGGUCACAAAGGUGCUGUAUAAAUUAGAUAAGUCUACCAUUGCCUCAAGACUCAGGGAAGAAUGGAAUGUUCUUCUUGGGGAUGUGUGGUCUUUAAGUGAUCUUCAGAAAGUAUUCCAGUUAUUGGAUGAGCCCGUUCUAGUCAGGGAAUGCAUUCAGGACUUGUGGCCUCAGCUUCUGCUCAGUUUGGCAGGAACCUGGCAGCAACUCCACCUAGAGAUCAGCUCCAGUACUGCACCAGCUUUAAUGAUUGACAGGUGCUAUUUAGCCACAAAGAUCUCCUUGCAGCUGUUCCAGGCGCUGUCCUCAGGUGAAGUUGGGUUACAGCAGGUGUGUGAAGUGGGAACAGACACACCUGCCAUCCAUGUCAUCAGUAGCACUCUGCUGGAGGUCAUCUUCAGCCAGGUUUGUAGCCUGGACUGUAAGCUGUUUGCUGCCAAUGCUUUGGGAUUCUUGUUAAACAGGUCAAACAAUCCUAAGGAGGCUGCAGAAACUGCCAAACAACUUAUAAAGUCACCAGAAAAAGAAGGACAUCAAACAGUGUCCACUGCAGAUCUCAUGUUCAAGGUGACCGUUCCUGGGUUAAGUGCCACAGAACGGUCCUGGUGCCAGGUGGUACUGGUCAGGGGACUUCUCACCUGUGUGAGACUGGACAUCCUGCUCCAACAGGUGCAGGGCAGUCAAACACAACAGCAGGAGAGCUUGUUCUUUGAUGUGCUGUUUCCCCUGGUGACCAAGUUCUGUGCUGAUGUUGGUGUUGGUGAUAUCCAGUUCCAUGCCUUCUAUGCUCUGGAACAGUGGCUGAAGAGAGCCAGGACAGAUCUGUCCCACAUUCAUGGGACCUCAGGGAGACAUUUCCAGGCUGAUGGAGCAGUAACUACCACUGUGAUGCAGUGUCUCUGGAACAACUGGGAAAAUCCUAUUGUAGGUGUUCCAGACUUGGUGAAGUCUGCAUUUGGUUUGUUGCUGGCCUUACAUCAGGAGGAAAAUACACUGGCUGGGCAGACCUGCAGCACACUGUUUGAGGACCUGUUUGUAAAGCUGACAGGAACAUCCUGGCAUGUGAAGGGCAGAUACAUCCUUCUGGUGGAGCUUAUCCCUUACAUACAGGUGAUACAGGUUCUUAGCAGCCAGCACCACAUCCCCACCCAGCUGGUCCAGGCACUCUCCACCAACCACAUCGCUCCUGCCAGCUCAGAUGUGUACAGGGCCUUCCUGGUGGCUAGUAGGGAAGCAUGUGGGAAAGAUGAGAUGGCUGCAGCUGAAGUGUGGAGGGACAUCUGGUUGGAAACAUUCAUGUCUGCCAUCUGCAGCACAAAUCACCUGAUCCGUCACAAUGCCAUGCAGCACUGGGUCCCCUGCACGCUGCGGCUGUACCCCCAGGUUCUGUCAGUCAUCACCACACAGCUACAGGACAGGACAUGCCUGGCCUCUGCUACCAUCAGGCUCAGGGCUCACAUGGCAGUACUGAAGGCUGCUAGAACCCUUAACCUCAUGUCUACCCAUGACAUGGCCAAUGAUGUGGUCAGAGAGGCCCUGUGGCAUAGCGAGGACGAUGUCAGGGCAGAGGCUUUCUCCAUCGUCUGCUCCCAUCCUAAGAAAUCAGAUCCUCUAUCCAGUGCAGAGAUUGGUCUCCUGCAGGAGUUCCUGCCCCUGAACAUGAACAGUGAUGCAGCAGCCUUCAGACAGGUCAUCUGCAACAACAUGAGGAAACUCAUGGUCAGACUCAGGGAUGGCAGCUGGACUUUACUGAAGAAAAUUCUGAAGACAAAGGAAGCCACUUCUAACAGUGAAACAAAAACUCAGCUGAUGCAGAUUAUAGGGUUUGUUGAUUGGCUAGUUGAUCUGUGUGUGAUGUCUACGUUCCCUGGUGCCUGCUAUCAAAGAAGAAAAACAGCACUGGAACUUCUGUUGAUUGUGUUUGACCACCUGACGUCUGACUGGGGAAAUGAGCCGAAGACAUCUGCAAACUAUCAAACUUUGUUAAACUGGGCCAGGGCACAAGGCAGCUGGAAUUUCUAUGCUGAAAGGAAUGCAGCCGCAUUGCUAAACUGCUUGGAGGAUGGAUCAGCUGAGGUACGUGAGCUGGCUUACCACCUUCUGCUGACCUCCUUUCCCACCCCCUGGUGCUGGUGGUGCCUGGGGGAGGGGGACACAGGGGAGAGACUGUACAGUCAUGCCAGGCAGCUUCUCCACAGUCCCAAGGCUCAGGAGUGUGAGGCUGGGGCACUCAUCAUCAAACUCAUCUUCAACAAACUUUCUACACAGAGGGGACUGGACUUUUUUGCAGGGAAAGUUUCUGAUGCAGGCAGCAGCCCUGUCAGAUUUAUCCAGGGCCUGCUGUGUCUCCUGCAGGACCAAUACCAGAUGGCCACCUCCGACCUGCUGCAGGCUGCCAGGAAGGCACCCAUGCAUGGUGUUCUGCUGGCCCUGAGACAGUGCCUGUCCUCACCUGCCCUCUGGGUACAGCACAGGUCUCAGGAUGUAGAGCAGCUGAGGUGCCAGGUCAACGACCUGGUGACAGCUGUGGAGGUUGUUCUGAGUCUGGUGCUCAAGGCUCUAGCAGGGGUCAAGGGUCACGAGGAAGAGCAAGACUCCGAGGUCUCCCCUUCCUUUGCUGACAUGGGCGAGGCCAUCAGCAGUAUCAUCUGUGAGAGUGGGGACCAGGCAAGGGGACAGGACGACAUAGCCCUGACCCCUGAACAUGAACUUGUGCUGGCCUGCUGCUGGCUCAACAUCAAGGAGGCAGGCCUCCUGUUGGGUCAGCUGGUGGACAGUGUGCUACAGCAUGAUUCUGACAUUCUGACCCCUGAACAAGUGCAAUUCAUAGGCAGGAUGUAUGUUAGGAUCCUCACACAGUGUAGGCACAGGGGUGCAAUAGAGAGCUGCAAUAUAGGUUUCCUGACUGUGUGUAAAAGACUACUAAGUCAUUCUGAUGCACAAAUGGCAGCCAUUCCAGCACAGAUCCUGGAUCAAGUACUGGAUGUAAUCUUGGGGAACAGAAGUACAUCAAACAUUACCCGCCGCAGUGCUGGGCUCCCCCUGCUGGUUCUGGCCAUUACUGCAUCUGAAUCGAGGGGAAACUACAGGCCACUCCUGAGCAGGGCUGUGCAGGUCCUGCUGACCACUGCACAACUGCCCCUGGCUCAGGAGGACCACACUGUCGACAUUCCUCAGGUGCACGCACUGAACAUCCUGAGAGCCCUGUUUUCUGACUCAACCCUGGGGUCGGCCAUGUUGGGACACAUCUCUGAUGCCGUCAUCUUGGCCAUCAGCGGGUUCUCCUCACCAGUGUGGGCCAUCAGAAAUGCAGCCAUGCAGCUCUAUGGCACCCUCCUAACCAGGAUGCUGGGCCCCAAACGUGUGCGAGACGAACACUCGGCAGAGAACACCAUCACAGCGCGAGAGUUCUUCACACGCUGGCCGGGCCUGCGGCUGUUCUUACUGCAGCAGCUGCAGGAGGCUGUGGACAGGCAGGGGGAGGGGCGGCUCUACCUGCACCCCGGGCUGCAGCCUGUUCUUAUCCUGCUGUCCAAGCUGGGCCCAGGGAUAGAGGAUGUGCAACACAGGGAGCUGCUGUCCCAGUUUGUGAGUCCUGUGAUGGCCCAGGCCAGCAGCCCCCUGCUGUCUGUUCGUGUGCUGUGCGCACGUGCGCUGGUGCCCCUGGUUGGCAUGGAGACGCAGGUGUCUGUCAUGUGCAGCAUACUGGAGAAGCUGGCAGCUGCACCUGGGGCACAGGUGGUGCAGAACAGCCUGCAUGGAGACAUCCUGCAGGUCAUGCACCUGCUGCAACAAUGGAAAGAUGCCAAAAGGAAAAACUACCCCGAGGAGAGCCGAGGUAUCCUGCAGGCCAUCCUUACCAGGUCCUGGGUGGCCACAUCCUCCAACACCUGCCCCGUCACCAGGGCAGAAUACCUGAAACUGCUCCUGGCUGCGGCUCAGUCAUGUGACUCCUGCCCUGAGAGGGAGAGACUGUUAUUGGCUCUGAAGGAUGAGGUCUCCACGGUGACAUCAAAUGUGGACCCGGGCAGUCAGCCUGUGGCCAGAGAGCUGCUACUAAAAACUGCAGCAUCAGUUUCGCUCCAACUCCAGACGCUGAACUCUGUCUCCACGGAGGCCCAACAACACCUGACCAGAUCCCUCCUCCUGUCUCCCUGUGUGGACGUGAGGAGGACGACCCUCCGACACAUCCAGGACAUGACGUCAAGGCAGGACCCGGCAGAGUGGCUGUGGAUCCUGCCAAUACUACAACAGCAGUUGGAAGAGGAGACGGACCUUUUGUGCUUGGAACUCUGCCUCGACAACUUUGUGGUGUUCCACACGUCCAAACAAGAGUUACCAAACUGCACAAGUUUUCCCGCCUCUCUGUGGACUGUAGUCAUGCAGUUUGCACAGGGACAGAAGGGAACAUCAGUCUCUGCCAAAGCCCUGCCUGUGUUGGCCAUUGGCUUACAUCAACGUCUGCAGUCUGGGACAGGCAGAGACGAGCUGCAGCAGUGGUCCCAGCUGAUGGAGACGUACAGCCACCCCCUCCAGCCGGAGCCCCUCAGGGUGGGGGUGGGGAGGGCUCUACAGCAGGUGGGGGUGGGGGUGAUGGAGAGGAUCGCUCAGGAGCGUCAGGAAGAGGACAUGGAGAUCGUGCUCAGGUUGACCCGGGCGACUUUAGCGUUGCUGCAGGAUGAAGUGCGGGAGCCCAGAACACAGGCGACAUCAUUUGCUGCUCUCCUUCCAAGGACGGCAUCAGUUGUGCAGUACCCAAACAUCCACACAACAGCAACCAUCAGGGUUCUUCUGGCCUACCUGGUGGAUAGGUUCUCCUGGUCUCCCUCCCUGUGGAAGUACUUCCUCACUACCCUGUACCCUGAUGACCCCAUCUCCACCAUCUCCCAGCAUGCCUGCACAGGCUCCACCCACCUGUUUGAGCAGGAGGAGGUCAACGUGUAUGCAGAGGUCGUCACUUUGGCAACACUCAUCAAGGACAGCUUUAUGCACCUUGUUACUAAGCAAUGUGGGGAGAAUGCUGCUUCUGCCUGUGACAUCAACUACCUCACAUGUGCCAUCAAGGAAGUCAGGGAGACUUUGUCUCUCAUAGCUCCUGAGGUAGAAAAGGAAAAACAUGCAGGGUUACUGGGAGUGACAGGGUACAGCAAGCCCCUGGCAGCACUCUUCUCCUACCUCCAGUAUGUGGACUGCCUCUUCUAUCUAAUACGUCAGUCUAGAUUUUCAACUAGAUAUGACAAGGUGGAAGAACAGGUAGAAGACAUCAGAAGCUGCCUGUUACAACUUCAAAAGGUGCCAGCCCUACAUCCAAUCCUACAAACAGCCCUCAGCCCUACUGGUCUUUGCUGCCUUCAAGUACAACAGCAGCUAGGGGUUGCAGAAGUGUCAACAAACCAGACUAAUUCAGUGUUUUGAUAUGAUAUGAUAUGAUAUGAUAUGAUAUGAUAUGAUAUGAUAUGAUAUGAUAUGAUAUGAUAUGUAAAUGAGGACAAGUAAUGACUUGACAUAUCCUGUUUUGGUAUUUUACUAUGUCACGUUACACAAUGGUAGCUCCAUGUAAAUGAGGAUUUACUAUGUCAUGUGAGAAACGUCAACCAUAGAAAACACAGGCCUCGUAGUAGCCAAUUUGACAUGGUUUGGUCCCCAGGAUAUGAUGGUGAAACAUGUUUCUGGCAUAAAGACAAAAGACUGUCUCACAGAGACUCUGCAAUCUGCUGUAAGUUAAACUGAUAACCUGAAACAUUGCCCAAGAGGGCAGGUUCCCUGUGGAGGUAUCUAUAAUUGUUUUGCUGAAUUGGAAACAAUGGACCAACUAUAGAUAGUCAAACUUUUAAAUUCAUUCAGCCUGAAAUGAAUAGAGCCAUUUUGCACACUGCUACGUGGUUAGAAUGUUUUUAGACCUCAUACUGUUUGAUUUUUUUUUUAUUUGUACUACUGAAAUGGAAACUUUAAAGAAUAAAAGUAAACUUCUAAUGUAU